ACGGAACGCAUCCAUUUGGUGAUUAUGACGAUCGCCGCCAUUUUUGUUAGAUUAUACCAGAUAGGAAUACAAGAUAUUCCAAGCUCAAGAGAAUCUCAAUAUGCUUUAAUGAUUAAUAAUUAUUUCACGGGAGAGUUUUUCAUUGAUUAUAAUCCACCAUUGGCCGGUUUGUUCUAUACAGCUCUAGCCAGGUUUUUCGGUUAUGAUGCAAAUUCAUUAGAUCAAUUCUCGAUUGGUGUACCCUACAAGCUUUUUCCAUAUUGCCAAUUGCGAAUUGUGAGUGCAUUUUUAGGUGCAAUAUCUAUCACUUUUGCUUACAAAACUCUAAGGUCUACCGGAGUUUCCCAUUCCAUUUCUUUAUUUGGGUCAUUUUUGAUGAUGAUAGAGAACUCGAUGAUCACUGAAGAAAGAAGGAUUUCUGACGAUGGAGUUUUCAUUUUCUUCAUCUCGUUAUUUCUCUCAAAUCAAAAGAUUGCAGAGGUCAAAGAAAAGUUUACUGUUGGUUGGUUUAUUCACCUUUUCAUUGCUUCUUUAUCUUUAGGCUUAGUAUUAAGUACUCAUUGGACUGGAGUAUUUAUUUUCACUUAUGCAUUUGUGUCAGUUGUUAUUGAAUCUUGGGCUUUAGUGGAGGACAUUAAUGUCAGGUUCAAGUAUGUGUGGGCUAACUUGAUUGUGAAAUCGCUUUCUUAUUUCACAAUAUCGUUAACAAUUUAUUUGGCAGUUUUCAAAGCUCAUUUUGAUCUCUUGAGCAAAAAAGGUCCAGAUUAUAACAAGUUAUCCCCUAGAUUCCAGCAUUCACUAGAAAACAACCACUUGGAAGACAUUUUUUCAAAUGUCAACUUCAAUGCAGGAGUCAUGUUUCGCCACUAUAAAAGCGGGAAAUAUCUACACUCCCAUGAAGACUAUUAUAGGUCAUCUAAUCAUCAGCAAGUCACACUAAUGGAUAAUUUUGAUGAAUUAAACAAUCUUUUCAAAGUCAUCCGCGUUGAUGAUGAAUCUGAGGCAAUACCAGCGUCAUCAAUAUUGGCACCUUGGCGAGUCAGAUUGAAGCACGAAAGUACAAACUCAUCCCUUGUUAUUGACAAGGAUCACAAACCUCCUUUAUCCGAACAGGAGUAUAACUUCCAAGUUACUACAGAUCAUAACUUUGGAACUAGCGAUGACCACACGAAUAGAUAUUCCUUUCUAUUGAAAAUGGCGAUUGAUCAUUGCAAAGGCGAUGAUGCCAGAUAUGCCUUGCGUGCCUUGGAUUCAGUUUUCCAAAUUUAUAACGAAGAAGCUGGUUGUUACCUAUUGGGAACUCCACUUGUGCUACAUGAGGGUUUUGCUGAGGGCCAAGAUGAAGUGAUUUGUAUUCAAGAGCCAAGCUACGAAGCUUCUUUGUGGUAUAUUGACUGGAACGAUCAUCCCGAAUAUGCGCCAAACAAAAAACGGGUAGCGUUUGAUCCAAUCACGUUUUGGCAGAAGUUGAUUGAGAUUCAUCUCUACAUAUUAAACAAGCUAUAUUUGGGUAAUGGUUAUACCGAUGAAACUGUUUCAUCCGUUGGUGAUCUAGUGCUCCUGAAAACAGGAUUUGUUCAUUGGGUUGAUACCGUGAGCCAUUCUGUGAUUUAUUUGCUUGGUAAUUUCAUAAUUUAUUAUAUGAUUGUUAGCUCGGUUGGGAUUUAUGGACUCUUCAAAGCAUACCAACUUUUAACAUUUAACCCAUUUCAAGCUUCUGCCUCACUCGACAGCUCCAACUACAAGUAUGACCACAAAACAUUGGAUUAUGUGAUCUUGUAUUUUUUACUGCUUAUUCCUCUGUCAUUUAUCAAGAUUGAUUUAUAUUUGUUCAACUAUUUACCAGCACUGUUUGUUGGCAUCCUAAUAGUUGCCCAAUUAUUUCAAUGGGGCCACGAGAAAGCUCCCAAGCUUACAUUCUUUUUUAUGGCCUUUUUUUCUAUUCUUUCAUUUUUGGCGUAUGUGAAGUUCUCCCCUCUCAUCUAUGGUCUCCAAUGGACACACGAAAAGUGCUUGAAAAUGAUGGUGUCUCCAGAUUGGGAU